GCCGCUCAUUUCGAGAACGAAACUCUAAUUGCAAACCGUGUUUUGUCGUCGCCGUCGGAUUAUAUUGUAUUGGCUUGGAUGUUGAAUUCGGUUUCGUGUUCCCGGCUAACGCGGCAAUCAAGCGCUUGAAUAAUAAUCGAAUUAGGCAUUAGUAACCCAUAAAUCUGAUCGGAAGUGCCGGGCGCCAGGGGCUUUUCUCCCAUCUCGGUUACGUGACAGGUGUUGCAAUGUGCCAUUGAGGGGCCACCACCAAGUUCGAAAAAAACCCAAACCUGCUAGACAUUGAAUCGGGUUCAAGAACUUGUCCAAAACCAAACAAGCCAUGGUGGAGAAGGCCUCGAGUGCGUUUACGCUAGAAAAGCUCCGAAAUCUGCAAUGGCAAAAGGUGUUUCGUAUGUUCUACAUAGAACCGGUUGUCUUCAUGCUGCUGUUCUCGCACACGCUAUCGGGCACUAUACAGCGCAACCAGGUCAUCUACCAGACGUGCACGGUGAUCUUUCACUACAAUGAGUCCGAUUGCAGGCAACUGGACGUGAAGAACGCCAGCGCCGAGAUAAAUGCCAUCGAGACGGAGCUGCAGCCGUAUGUGGCCAACCUGUUCCUAAGUCGCACCCUCCUGGAGAGCAUAGUCCCAGCCUUCUGCGGCCUCUUCAUUGGUUCCUGGUCGGAUCACUAUGGCCGCAAGCCCCUGCUAAUUGUUUCUAUGAUAGGAUUCUCCGCCUCCUUCCUGAUGAUGGCCGCCAUCUGCGAGCUGUCCAGCUACUAUGUGGUGAAUCCCUGGUGGUACAUCCUGGCAGCAGUGCCCCACUCCCUGCUCGGCGGUAACUGCGUCUUCUCGGUGGCCGCUUUCUGUUUCAUCUCGGACAUCACGGACUGCAAGUCGCGUCCCUACCGCAUGAUCUUCAUGGAGUCGCUCUUCUUCAUCGGGCUGACAAGUGGAUCCCUACUGUCCAGCUUUGUGUACGCAGCUGUGGGUUCGGCGGCGACCAUUGGCCUUUCCGGCUGCAUCGUGACCUUCGCCACGUUCUUCAUCAUCUUCUUUGUGCCGGAGAGCUUGCACUAUCAUCAACAACAAGACACCAAGAACGCGAUCGCUGCGAAUGGGGAAAAGGACUGUAAGGAGAAGGAGGUGCCCAUCACCGCCUGCGAUCUGCAAUUGGACCGCGUGGCCAUCGACUGUCCCCCAAACUUUAUGGACCCAGAAGAGCCCGAGAAGGAUAAGAAGAUGGAGCUGCCCACGCCGGCGACUCCGGCGAUGAGCUUCGAUGAUGAUCUGCUGGCCAAGUACGUGGAGCGACUGCCGCAGAAGGCGGCGGAGGAGGAGCUGAAGCGCAAACAGGCGGAGGAGCGUUCCAAAAAAGCGGGUCUGUUCAGUGUUGUGCACAUCAGAGACAUGAUUAGCACCUGCUUCAAGCGGCGUGAUCAUCACGCGCGUGCCAUCAUCUGGCUUGUCACCCUUGCCAUGUUCCUGUCCAUCUUCGUCUUCGAUGGCGUGAUGACCGUGAUGUAUUUGUUUGUGCGGGAGAAAUUCCACUGGACGGUGCGGGAUUACACGUUCUUCGAAACGGUCAGCCACCUGGUGCCCAUGAUUGGAGCACUCAUCGGAUUUCUAAUCCUGCGGAAGGUCUUCCGCCUGUCGGUUGUGACUUUAGCUCUGCUAGCCUUCUUCUCGGAGAUUCUGAACAAUCUGGCCAAGGGCUUUGCAACGAUGCCCUGGCACAUGUACCUCUCGGUUACCCUGGGCGUAUUCCGCUCCAUCUCAGGCCCCAUGUGCCGCACUAUAGUAUCGAAUAUAGUACCUCCCUCGGAUCUGGGCAAGAUUUUCUCCAUAAAGAAUGUUUUGCAAUCGUUUGCGCCAUUUGUGGCAGCUCCCCUGUAUACCCUCAUAUACAAGCGAUCGCUCACCACCUACCCGGGUCUGUUCAACUUCGUCAGCUCGUUCCUGUACCUGCUCUCAUUCGUCUUUAUCGGAUACGUCUUGCGGAUCAAAUAUAGGCACAAAGAUCACUACGCCAAGGUUCUGAAGUGAGGCGGCGACAGCGGAUCUGUGGCCAAAUUAACAUGUGAUCACCCCAACCAAGCAAUCAAAAUUUACAAGUGGAGCGAAUUUAAGGAUCCGAAUCUGGAAAACAAGCGUUUAACUGUGAGGGAUCAUCGGUUAUAGGUUGAACGAAUGUAUCUUGUUUGACUUGCUUAUUUAUAUUUUACCCUUUAGUAUUUUUAAUUCGUUUUAAGGUAACAUUAAGAGAGCUAUCCUAUCUUAGACUAUUAAAUUGUUAUGAUUCACAAACCACUUUAACUGUUGAGUACUUAAGCUAUGUUAGCACAAAAACAUAUCAUUUUAAACGGCUCCUUUACCUAGUUUACUUAAACAAAUUUUUACGAUAAAAAUGUUGUUAUGGAAUAAAUUUAAAUUAAAUUUGUUUUAA